GCCAACCUUGGCUUCAGACCCCAAACUCCGCUCCGGCCACGCCGUCAGGGCCGCAGCUCAGAUGCACGCGUUGUCACUCUUAAGUGUCCCAACGGCCGGGUAAGCACAGUUCUGUGUCAUCUUUGGAAUACACCCUGAGAAUUUUUGUGAGCCAUGUCAAAGAAACGCAAAUGGGAAGAUGACUAUGUCCGCUACUGGUUCACCUGCACAACAGAGGUUGAUGGAACUCAUCGGCCACAGUGUGUAUUGUGUAACUCAGUAUUCUCCAAUGCUGACCUCAGGCCAUCAAAACUCUCAGACCAUUUCAACAGACAGCAUGGUGGCGUAGCUGGGCACGAUCUCAAGAGCCUGAAGCAUGUGCCAGCACCAUCUGAUCGGAGCCAGACCUUGAACACACUUGGAGUUGCGUCUCAGGAGGAUGCCUUAUUGCAAGCGUCAUACCAGUUUGCGUAUUUAUGUGCCAAGGAGAAGAGUCCUCAUACAGUAGCUGAGAAAUUAGUCAAGCCUUGUGCACUGGAAAUAGCACAGAUAGUUUUGGGACCAGAUGCACAAAAGAAGCUUCAGCAGGUACCUUUAUCAGAUGAUGUGAUCCAUUCUAGAAUUGAUGAAAUGAGCCAGGAUAUCUUACAGCAAGUUGUGGAAGACAUCAAAGCCAGUCCUCUCAAGGUGGGUAUUCAGCUUGCUGAGACUUCUGACAUGGACGACUGCAGCCAGCUAAUGGCGUUUGUGCGAUAUAUAAAAGAGAAAGAGGUCGUAGAAGAAUUCCUGUUCUGUGAACCUCUGCAGUUAACCACCAAAGGAAUGGAUGUAUUCAGUCUCUUUAGAGACUUCUUUUUGAAGCACGAGAUAGCGCUUGAUGUGUGUGGCUCUGUUUGUACUGAUGGCGCCUCCGCCAUGCUGGGAGAAAAUUCAGAAUUCAUUGCCCGUUUGAAAAAAGAGGUGCCUCGUAUCCUGAUCACACAUUGUCUGUUGAACCCUCAUGCGCUUAUCACAAAGACAUUGCCUGGAAAACUGAAGGAGGCUCUGUUGACCGUGGUGAGAGUAAUAAAUUUCCUCAAAGGGCGAGCCCCAAAUCAUCGCCUAAUCCAGGCUUUCUUUGAAGAAAUCGGUGUAGAAUUCAGUGUCCUCCUUUUCCAUACUGAAAUGAGGUGGCUUUCCCGAGGCCAAAUUCUAACGCAUAUUUUUGAAAUGUAUGAAGAAAUAAAUCAGUUUCUUCACCACCAAAGCAGUAAUUUAAUUGAAGGCUUUGAAAAUAAAGAGUUCAAAGUUCACCUAGCCUACCUCGCAGAUUUAUUCAAGCAUGUGAAUGAACUCAGCGCCUCUGUGCAGCGGACCGGAAUGAACACUGUGUCCGCUAGAGAAAAGGUAUCCGCUUUUGUGAGGAAGUUUCCAUUUUGGCAGAAACGAGUUGGGAAAGGAAAUUUUACCGACUUUCCGUUUCUUGAAGAACUAGUUGUUUCAGAUAAUGAGGGGGCAAGCAUUGCAGGGGAGAUAGUCCUGCACCUGCAGGAGCUGAGCUCCUCCUUCCAUGGGUAUUUUGCUGUUGGAGAUCUUGAUGAGGCAAGCAAAUGGGUGCUAGAUCCGUUUCUUUUUAAUCUCGAUUUUGUCAGUGAUGGUUACUCAGUGAAAAAGGAUCUUGCGGAGUUGCGAGCUAGUGGCCAGAUCUUAAUGGAAUUUGAGACGAAGAAACUUGAGGACUUCUGGUGUGCUCAGCUCAAGGCGUUUCCAAACCUGGCAAAAACAGCUCUAGAAAUCCUCACGCCUUUUGCAACUACAUACCUUUGUGAGUUGGGGUUUUCAUCGCUUUUACAUUUCAAAACAAAGUCCAGAAACUGCUUCAAUAUGAGCGAUGAUAUCCGCGUGGCUAUUUCCAAAAAAGUUCCUCGCUUCUCAGACAUCAUUGAACAAAAGCUGCAGCUACAGCAGAGGUCACUGUAGAAUGAUGUACUUUUCAAAUGUACACUUCUUAAAUACAUUCUUACUACCAUUGUAAAAUUAAGCUGUAAUUCUGUUUUCUUUCCUUUUAUAUUUAUGAUAUACUCAGUUCUAUACUUAAAAAGUUUAGCUGAUUUAACUUUUAAUGAGGCAUAUCGAAUGUGUUUUGAGAACAAGUGGAACAUAAAAAGACUGAGUACCACUGCCUGGCUGAUUCCAGGAUUUUUCCAAUGCUGAGUUUCUAUGUAACUAAGCACUGGAAUAUCCACUUAAAUGGUAUGGUGACUAGGGAUUGAGCCAAAAGAAGACCUCCCCAAAGUUAAGGGCAAAGUGACAGACUGAGUCCUCUCAUCUUCAGAAGGCUUUUUUGGAGAGGUCGAUGAAAUUAGAAGAGGGUUAUAAAAUAUAGUGAGGGAAGAGAUGAUCUACUGUAUAUAAGACUUUUAUUUUUUUUUGUAAGGAACUGUUUAUUUAAAAGAUACUAGGAAGACGUUUUUAAAUGUUAAGAAAAACUUAAAAAGAAGUAUGUAAAGAGA